AAAGUUUAUUGGCAACUCUAUUGUCCUGUCAACAAACUUUUCUUCUGUUGUGGUAACUUGGCGAACUAUUGUUGACAGCUGUGAUCAUAUACUGUCAUAUAUGUCUGUGGUGAUUCAAGAAUGACCAGUGAGAGAGAAUGUUACAUCAGCGAUUUAUUUUCACUCGAAACAAGUUUCAUUAGUGCUUUUUACAAAACUUCUGGAUUCCUCCUGCGUCGGUUUUUGCUUAGUCGAAAUUGCUGACGUUUCGCCAAUCAUCCUGUUGGCUUCUUCAGAGCUUGACUGAAAAAUUUUUUUACAGUAGCCUGUGGAAGUUUCUUUGAAAAAAAAAGUUUCAUUAGUUUCAUAAGGAAGAUUGAACCGAAAGUACUACGUCGCAAACCUAGCUAGGUAUUAUCUUUGCGGUAGACAUGAUUCUGGGAUUCGCAAUGCUUAUGCAAAGUAACUAUGUAGUCUGUUUCCAGGGUUGCCAAUUUUAAGUUGCAAAAGUGAUAUAUGAGUUAGAAAAGAAGAAUAAUGAACCGCUAACCCCUAUCCUAAGCCUUUGGUGGAGUUGUUAGCACUACAAAAUAUUUUUUCUGUAUUGUAGCUACUUGAAAAACUUUAUAAUGCUAAACACUCGAUCUUACUACGAUUUAAAUAUUAUGGAUACAUGUUUUUCUGACGAAAAUCAAAGAAAAACUCUUGAGUUGUUAUACAAAUAACCAUAGCAGUAAAUCAAAUGGUGGAAGAUUCUAAUAUGGAAAUUAAGAGGAAAAAGAAAAAGGGAGAGCCCAGAGAUUUCAUAGAUUGUGUUCCAAACCCUAUAGAUAUCAGUAAAUUAAAUCAAAUUUCCAAUGAACUUGGAUUUAAAGACUUUACAAUAUUAAAUAGACUGACAGUGAUAUUUUCAAAUCAGGAUAAUUUACAUAAAAUAUUAAAAUCUCCAAAUUACAAAAAGUAUCACAUUGUCGCAUCUUUACCAACAUCAACGGCAGCAUUUAUGUUCACAUGUUCAAAUUUUGAUGCAGAUAUUUUAACUAUAGAUCCACAAAAUAAGACAAAUAUAAAAUUGAAUAGAAAAUUGUAUAAUCAGCUAAUUGAAAAAGGAUGCCAUUUUGAAUUAUUGUAUAGUCCAGCCAUUGAAGAUUCUACUAAACGCAAGAAUCUUAUAUACACAUCCCACUUAUAUCAUUCUAUAGGAAAAUCUAAGAAUGUUAUAUUCUCAAGUGGUGCCCAAGAUUCCAUGUUACUGAGAAGUCCUUAUGAUGUAAUUAGCUUGGGUUUUAUAUUUGGUUUAGGUGAAUUACAAUGUAAAGCUUCAAUUUCCCAUUGUCCUCAAAGGGUGGUCAUCAAUUCAGUGGGCAGGAUACAUGGAAAAUCUGUGAUGUUCAUAGAGAAUACACAAAAUGAAAGAGACAUAUCUUUGAUCACUCUCAGUUCCAGUGACAGUGAAGAAGAAGAAAUGGACACAAAGCCAGUCCAAAAAAAAUGUAAACAAUAAAGAUAAUUGUUACUUGUACAUUGUUUUGUUUGUUUUUUUUUUUUAAUUUAAGGCAAGUGUUUCAUGAAUAAAUUAAAUUGUAUUCUAAAUUACCAGAAAGAGUUGUGUCCCUAUGUUUUUUAGCUCUGUAUCAGUUCUAAAGUGAAGUCAACAUUUUUUGUAGACACUCCCUUUUUGACUUUCCUUUUAAAUAACUGAUUACAGAAGGAUAUAGAAAAAAAUUCUAAUUUUGUAAAGGUGUAGACCCUGUAACGUUAGCAAAGGGAAAAGAGGGAAUUACAGGCAAUCAAAAAGCAACCUUUUGAUGAAUUUGAAAUUGAUUCUGUCAGAUCAAGAUGAUCAUUGUUUAUACUCAAAGAAAUCUAUAUUACACAUUUCGUACCGUUUAAGAAGACAAUCGCAAGAUAUUUGCAAAUAUAAUUAUUGAGAACAGAUUUCCUUAACGCGUAGACAUUAUAAUUUGAUAGUUUUUGAA